AUGGUGUGGAACAAGUUGUUGUUCUUCUUGGAGCGCCGCGAUUUUCAUGGCUACAGGUUCUUAUUGAACCGGCAGGGGGCAUGCUGUUUCAGGGGCCUCCCUGUGGAGCCUGUGGACGGCUUGAUUCCUGAAUUCGUGACGGUGCUGGAUCCUUUCGAGGACGCUGCAGCUUUUGCUGUGGCAUGGUUCCUGCAUCAAAACGGCUUCCGAACAGUUCUUGAACGGGACACAGCAGGUUGGUCCCCCCUAUGCUAUGCUGUCAUCAGAGGCGAUGUGGCUCUUGUCCAAGGGCUCUUGGAGAGGAGGGCCGAUCCCAAUGAUCAUGUCACGAAGGCGAUGGGCUCUAUCCUCCCUGGACGUGUGCCGGUCCUUGCGCUGGCAGCUCAUUUUCACCACAACCAGGUCAUGGAGACAUUGAUUGCAGCACGAGCCGGUAUUGAUCGUGCUGACGCAGCUCGGGCCACCCCCGCGCACUGGGCCAGCCUUUCCAACAAUGCCGACGGCUUGCGCAUGCUCUGCGAGGCCCGUGCCGACCCUCUCAAGCAAAACGUUGUGGGAAUGCACGUAUUCCAUACAGCUUGUUGCAAUGCAGCUAUCGACUCCAUGACGGUGAUGUUAGCCCAGAAUCCUGAGACGAGCCUAAGAUUCGGCCUUCACUUUGCUGUGAUGUUCCAUGGCGGCCACGAGAAGCCGAUUCAGUGGCUUAUCCAUGCGAAAGCCGACCUCGAGGAGAGGUUCGAAGUUCAGAAGAAGCAUCAGCCGUCUUGGUGGGUUCUGAUCCAGAUGUCGAGUUUAAGGCACAGGAUAAGCCCCUCCAAAUGGACUACACUGGCAUAUCAUCACUCGAAGGCUACCCCAUUGAUGUUCACCAUUCUCACUGGCAAUUGCUCGGCAGCCACCCUUCUGCUGAAGGCGGGAGCAAGGACGGACACCAAGAAUGCUCGGGGCAAGACGCCUUUAGACCUGGCGGAGCCUCUACUUAAAGGAUCAUGGGACUUAGUAACUAGGGUUAUCAUUAGGGUAACUGUACUUACAACUACUUAUAACCCCAAUUAA